AUAUCUGUAACGCGUUUCAUCCAACACAAAAUUCAUGAUAACACCACGUGGAGCCGUGAUGCUGUAUUAUCAACAUCAAACCAGUAGUGAUACCUGUUAAAACACGUGUAAACUAAACUUUUCGCUUGCUCGCCAAGUAACAGUCGCUCAAUUUCUCAUGGCGUCGUCGGUUAGAAACCUGCUCCACCACCGAUCACCUGUAUACCAGAUCAGUGUUAUCCACAACAAUACAACAAGGUUGUUAUUGGUUAGAUGUUGAAACGUGAUUAGUAGAGAGAAAAUGAGAGAGAGACGAAAAUUUCUCAGGGUCAAACCGGUCUCAUCAGAGUUUUUAGGAGAAACGCGAACCAGUUUAGGCUGAUUAUAAUUCAACGUUCCAGCAGUUACAAGUUGCGAACCCAGCGAAUAUCCCUUCCCCGUACUGUGAUGUAUAAUAUUAUGCAAUCACUUUUAUACCUGGAGAACCUUUGACAUUUUUGCGCGCGCGCGCGCGAACAAACGACGAGCGUGUUAUGGCGGUCACGUGGACUGUGAGUGUCGGGUUUCGAGGUUAGUCUUUGUUUGAAAUUCGUUAUUAAGGGUGUUGUUGAAGUGAGGAAGAUGAACGCUGAUGGGUCUGACAGCGAGAGCUCGGACAGUAGUAACGAGUUUAUGGUAGCCCCGGAUAAGCUGAAGUCAAUAUCGCCGUUUUUCACAAAACCUACUCGAAAAACAGCGAGCGCACCAAAGAAGCUCGAAAGUUCGGAGGAGUCGGAUUUUGAUUACGAAAAUGAAUCCCACGGUAACAAUGAUGACCUCAUGGCUCAGGUCCUCAAGAACCUUGAGGCGACGAAGAAAAGUCAAGCGAUUCAAUCUGAUCAGAGCAGCGCGGAAAAACCUGAAAAUACCAAACCAGUGAAAAAAGAACUCACCAACGAAAUAGCUGAUCUUCUACUCUUGGGAGAAACUGGAGCGACAGCUUCAACUGCGGAGCAAGAUCAGGACGAGCCGGACGAAGAAGGACCAGCUGAAGACUCCGCUCCGUCUAACUACAGUAUUCCAAAAGAAGGGGUAAAGAUAACCCUGGUCGAUUCGAAACUGAUUUUCAAUCAGAGGAAGAAGAAGAAACAGGAAACGCUUGAAGAUUUGUUGAAAAAGAAAUUGAAUCAACAGCUUAGGUCCAAUCAAGUAUUGAUACACAAAGUAGGACUCCUCUGUUGGAUGGCGCACGGUUUUUACGUAAACAAGCAAAUUAACAAUCCGAUAUUACUUGCAGCUGCACUAAAAUUGGCACCAAAAAACUGCUACCCAAAAGGCAGGGUUGAUCUGUCUUAUCUUGAAAAAAUCACCAAAUGGUUUCAAGGUGUGUUUACGUUUCCUACGGGCAAGCCAGAGUCCGGCAUUACGACGCUGAAUUUAUUGAGGAGACUCAAAGACAAAGAGAUCCACAAUUAUCAAGAACUCGUAUUACUCUACGUAGCAACGCUAAGAGCCUUGGGGCUGACCUGUCGCUUGGUUAUAUCCCUGCAACCCCCGGCUCUUAAAGUAACAAAAGAGCAGCUCAUCGCCCCAGAGUCUUCCAAAGUGAAAGAUGCAAAGGUAAAAAAGGAACCGAAAAAAGAAACGGCCACCAGAAGCCCAAAAAUAUCACAAGAAAUGAAAAUUCCUGGACAAGAAACGGAAAAAGGAAAUAUAUCAGCCAGGCUUCGCAAAGCCACUGAGGCCAGGAGAAGGGCAGCUGAAAUUCUAAAAAGAAAAAAAAGUACGAAUUCAGAUUCUGCGGAGGAUGUUAAACCACCAGCUAAAAAAUUGAGAUCAAGAACGGUGGCUGCCGCGAUACCCGUUGACAAGAAGGGCAAAAGGAACUCUGAUAAAGUGAAAAACGACAAAGAGGUGACUGAAAAAGGUGGAAGAAGUUUAAGGUCGCGGGCAAAAACAGCUGACAAGCAUUGGCCAAAAGAUGAGGAUACGGAUGACGACGAUGAUGAUGAUGAUGAAUACAAAAUGGAUGAUGAUAAGGAGGAGAAUGAGGAUGGCGAGGAAGAUACGGAUGAUGAACCAUUUGAAAAAACUCACAGGUCAAAGCACAAAGCAUCAGCUUCCAAGCAGCGUUCUCGCAGUCAGAAUAAAAACACUGCAUCUAAAAUUAAAAAACAGUCAAAUACAGGUUCAAGGAGGAGCUCAACCGCCAGGAAACUGAUAUCGUCUGAUGAAGAUGAUGAAGAGAACAAUGAGAAGCCAAAGAAAGUGAAAAACACAAGGGAUAUGUGGGCAGAAGUUUAUGUUGAAUGCGAGGAAAAUUGGAUAAGUGUCAGCGUACCAGAUGCAAAAAUUCAUUGCAUUGCCGAGCUAUACAAAAAUGCUACGGAUCCAGUGCUGUACGUCAUGGCCUUGAAUUCUGAGGGUCGAAUCAAGGAUGUAACACGCCGAUAUUGUCCCCACUGGCUGACCGUGACCCGCAAACAACGGAUCGAUGAAAAGUGGUGGCUGGAAGCUCACACUCCUUGGAAAGAACCUGAAACAGCCUUAACAAAAGCAGAGGAUGAGAUGCUCAAGCAAAAGGAACUGGAACAACCCCUACCAAAGACAGUUUCGGAGUGCAAAGGUCAUCCUCUGUACGUUCUGCCCAGACAUCUUCUCAAAUUUGAAGCCUUUUACCCGCCGGAUGUCGUUCCACUUGGCUACGUUCGUGGCGAGCCUAUAUACUCUCGUCAUUGUGUUCACACAUUGCGCUCCCGCGAAACGUGGAUCAAAAGCGCUAGGGUAGUGAAACCAGGAGAGAAUUGCUACAAAGUUGUUAAAGCAAGACCAAAAUAUGAUAAGCUUUCAGGUGCCAGGCUGAAGGAUGAGUCUCUGGAAGUAUUUGGAAAAUGGCAGACAGAUCCGUACGUUCCACCAGAAGCCAAGGAUGGGAUUGUGCCUCGGAAUGAAUAUGGAAAUGUGGAUUUAUUCAAACAGUGUAUGUUGCCUAAAGGAACUGUUCACAUUCAGCUUCCAGCACUGAACCGCAUUGCAAGAAAGUUGGACAUUGAUUGUGCUCCAGCUGUGGUGGGCUUCAAUUUCGGAGGACAUGGGGCGCUGCCUGCUUUUGAUGGAUUUAUUGUCUGUGAGGAGUUUGAAGAUGUUUUACGGGAGGCUUGGGAAGUGGAACAAGCAGAGGCAGAUAAGCGUGCCAGAGAGAAAUACGAGAAGAGGGUUUACGGAAAUUGGAGGAAGUUGAUUAAAGCUGUUUUCAUCAGAGAACGACUAACAGCUAAAUAUGAUUUUAAUGCUGACGAAGAAAAAGAAAAAUCCAGCACAUCCAAUAAGCAAACGAACAAACGGGUAAAACAAACCAAAGUUGGUGGGAAAAAAACAAAGGUUGACAAAAAAAAAUAGAUCAUAAGUAAACGUGUCAGCUCGUUGAUCAUUGCGGCACUUUUCAAAGAUUACGAGAAAAAUUCAAUUAUUUUCCUCCACACCUUUACCGCCAAAGUAUUUUUAAAAGUCACAAAUUACUUUUCCGUACUUCGGCAUUCUAUAUUGUUAAAUUCUAUAAAUUAAACUUUAAAAACUUUAAAAGUUCGAUAUUGUGGCCCUUAUAUGUUUUGAUCUUUCUAUUUGUUUACCCUGACCUUGUCAUAGUCUGUAAAUAUCAUUAAAAAUGGUCUUCUUUUUUUUACCUCAACGUCUUCUAUAACUCAUAGUUUGUAAAACACAGUUAUCAAGUAUGUAUAGAAAUAGCUGGGUAUUGAAGAAACAUGCGCCACGAAUGUUUUCUUGUUCUUUUCACCAAUGUGGUUUGAAGAUACACCGCAAGCAUCAAUCACUAUUGAAUGCCAAUUAUUCGAGUGCUGCCUGUUCCAGUUAUGUAGUUAUAUAAGCACAAUAAUAUCGACUGGUAUUCUUCUGAUUUGUUUUUAGCUUGAAUUUCAAACAGAUUUUACAAUAUAACGGCUAUAUCUUUCUUAGAAUUAUGCUCAACACUUUCAUUCUAAGACAAUUAUGCGAAAUUAAGUAAUACUUUGUCCGUUGUACAAUCUUUCCUGAAUUCAUCAUUGAUACAGUUGACAUGCUGUGUGCAUGUACUUGGUAUUAAACAAAUAAAUACAUGUAAUUCACUAACACCUCGUAUAUUUCUCAUAUUACCACGUCUCCAUAAAAAUUACCCAACGACAAGAAUAGCUUUAAAAAACCGCUCUUGCCUCAUUACUAAGUAGUAUAUUUAUAACUUUAACACGUAUUGUGACAUAUGGUAAUUCAGAAAACAAAUGUCAUUUUUGGGCUGAAAAUAAUGCAGGCACAGUGGAAAUUUUUCCACGUGAAUAGAAAUGAUGUUUUAAAUAAACACCGUAAUAGAAAUGGAAAACAUCAGACUAAAGAGUGUACAUUUUAUUACACUUAUAUAUUCGGUCUAGAUUAGUUAACAACAAUUAUUCACAUUUCCCUAUACAAAUACACAUACUUACACAUUCUAUAUUUAAUUAAUAUAAUAACGAGACUAACUGCAAUACGUCAUCAAUCGUUUACACAGCCUAAUAAACUUGUAAGUAGUAAAAUAUCAUCUAAUCGAGUAACGCUUGCGAAUCGCGUUCAUGUAUCACAUAAAGUAAAUUGUUUAAUACAGCACGUUUUUGAAGCCAGUAAUAACCCAAAUACCAUCAAUUCUUACUAGCAUAAUUUAACCGUCGACACUGAUUGUGUGUAUUGUUAUUAAUGCUUGAUAUAAAGACUUAUUGAACUAUUUCACAGCUAUUUCGAAUAACUGACAGUUGUCAAAGCAUAAAUUUUUUAUUAACAUACUCGGAAUUCGGAUUCCGAAUAAAUAUUUCAAUGAGCUUUCACGCUUCUUGACUCUAAUCAUGAAUUUAUGAAUUUCAAGUUUAAAGUACAUUGUCAAACUGAUUGAUAAUCUAUGUAUAUGCACAGUACUGAGCAUGCAUUGAACAAGUACGCGUUUCUAUUUUAGGGAGACCAAAUCGACUAUUUCUUUCAAUAUUUUCUCAUAUAAUAAUAAUUUCGAGUUUGAAUAUUGAGUUGAUGUAUAGUAAAAUUUAUGUGUUAAAUUUUAUAUAACAUAUUAAGUUUAGAGAUCUAUAUUACUAGAGAUAGAAAAAUAUUUUAGUGACAAGUUUGAGAUUCUGGCUAACAAACAGCUCAUUUAAUACAUUCUAAGUAGAAUCCGCUUUUGGUAAAUUAUCUUAUUCAAUAGAAAAUGGAAUAACCGUCAGAGUUCCAAUCAUGAAAGUUGCCUUGUUCUCUAAUUGCUUAUGAAGAACAAUAUUUACGGUUUACUUUUUUAAAUUGAAACAUAACUUUAUACUGUCAUAAGUUCUAUCCCAUCUACAUCAAAGUAACACAAUAGUUUAUCUAAUACAAUAGACGCUCGAUUUAAUCAUAUGUAUUUCAUACAUCAAAGCAACAAGGAUAUAUUUGAUCCAAACAAAGCUUCCAAUCCUUACUAAGGUGGCACCAUCGCGAAAUUUGACUCGUUUGUAGUAAAAUCGUAAGACAGUGUAAAAUCAAUCAGUGAUAAGUAGAACUUACUCCAACAGUCUUGUAGAGCUGGAGGUAAAAAAAAAAAAAAAAAGAAACGUAACACAGAUUUGUUUUGGAAUACCCUAAUACAUGUGCCGAAACAUCACCAUUUAGGUAAAAUUGUCGAGUUCCAUAUUGAAGGCAUCACUAGAUCCGAUAACUGAACGCUACUCCGAACACCUCAACUUAUGAUCCAUGCGGCCACUUAAAUGCUAUAUCAUUUCGACCCUGAACAGUUCAUUAUCAGUCUUAGUACACCAUUUGCUUGUAAAAUCAUGAAUUAACAUGAUUGCAUAUUUAUAUGACGGGUAGCAAACGGUUUAAGGUUGUUCAAUUGAAUUGCACCACUGCAACGUUACAUAAGCCACCUCUAGUACCACGAACAUUACAUGAGCCACGACCAGUAAUGUGUUCGACUGAAAUGCCUUCGGUUUCACUAUUCAUUAAUAACAAGUAAUUUGAAUAAUUUUACAUCAGCUAAGAAGCUUAAACCACAGUCGUAAAUUUCCAAUUGGAAAAGAUAAAUUAAUACCAACGAAAGGAAAUGUUUCAGUUAUCUCAGAAUUAUGGUUCUACCAUAUAUCACAGAGCUGGCACUGGGAAACAGAAUAUUCCCACCUAUAUCUCUUUGUGGACUAAUAAUUUCAUUGAUACAUGACAACGAAAACUCAUGCCUAUUCUUUGUUACACUUUUAAUUCAAACAACGGUAUUCGCAAAAUUACAUAGCUUCGUACGAAAUACGAACCACCCAGUAUACUAAUUGCCUAAUACAGAAUUCCAAGUUGUAAAGUUAAAUUGACCUAAAUACGACCAGCAAACAAGACUCGUAUUUAACCUAAUCCGAAAAACGUGCUAAACUAAUUAUACUGUUGAUAUCCAUAUCCCGUAAUUAUAAUGCACCUCCUAGAUUCCAGAAUACGAAAUUCCCUUGUUACCCUCUAUUCGUUUCUAGAUCACGAAUAUAAUUGAUUUCCUGCCAUUGUAAGAAUCAGCCAACACUUCAACGACUGUAGCAACUAAUA